AUGACCAGUUCUGCCAGAGAACAUGUGCUUUUUGCGCGACGGCGUAAUCCACAAUUGCGUUAUACCUUGAGUCCAGAGAACCUCCAAAGCCUUGCAUCUCAGGGCACUGUGGCUGAGAACGUGAACUUACAGCGUGCCAACAGCGACACUGAUCUGGUGACUUCCGAGAGCCGCUCUAGUUUGACUGCAAGCAUGUAUGAAUACACUCUGGGACAAUCUCAGAACCUCAUCAUUUUCUGGGACAUUAAAGAAGAAGUGGAUCCCACAGACUGGAUUGGGCUAUACCAUAUUGAUGAGAACUCACCAGCAAAUUUCUGGGAUUCCAAAAACCGUGGUGUAACUGGAACACAGAAAGGGCAGAUCAUAUGGCGAAUUGAACCUGGUCCCUAUUUCAUGGAACCUGAAAUAAAAAUCUGCUUUAAAUACUACCAUGGUAUAAGUGGAGCCCAGCGUGCAACAACUCCAUGUAUCACUGUGAAAAACCCUGCUGUGAUGAUGGGGGCAGAAGGCACUGAUGGUGCUUCUACAGGUCAGCACUGCCGAAAAUUAAUUAGUUUUAAACUCUCAGAUAUUCGGGCCAUUGGACUUAAAAAAGGAAUGUUCUUCAAUCCUGACCCUUACCUAAAGAUGUCCAUUCAGCCUGGAAAAAAGAAAACGUUUCCUACAUUUGCACACCAUGGGCAGGAAAAGCGGUCCAAUAUCAUCAGUAAUACAACUAAUCCUAUUUGGCAUAGAGAGAAAUAUUCUUUUGUAGCACUUUUGACUGAUGUCUUGGAAAUUGAAAUCAAAGAUAAAUUUGCCAAAAGUCGUCCUAUCAUCAAGCGUUUUCUUGGAAAGCUCACUAUACCUGUGCAGAGACUAUUGGAAAGACAUGCAGUAGGAGAUCAGGUUCUCAACUAUAACCUUGGUAGAAGGCUACCGGCAGACCAUGUGAGUGGAUGUCUUCAGUUCAAGGUAGAGAUUACAUCUUCUCUUCAUGAAGAUGCUUCACCGGAAACUGUAGGAACCUUUCUUGGAAUAAACUCUGUCAAUGGGGACUUAGGAAGCCCUUCUGAUGAUGAGGAUGUACCCGCAGGGCAUCAUGAUACUCAUCCACUUUGUUCAAAUGGGCCAAUUCUUGAAGAAUCAUCUGGAGAUGCCAUCUUGCGGCAUUCCUUUAGGACUAGUACAACUUCGGAAACAGAUCAAGAGGAUUCAGCCUCUACAACGUCAAGGUCCUCAGUUCCCAGGGGCCGCCAGGACUCCUUGAAUGAUUACCUAGAUGCAAUAGAACAAAGUAAUCUUCCUAGAUCUGGGACAUCUACUGGUAAUGAACGUACUAUUGGGGCAUCCCCAAAAUUGAGGAGUAGCUUCCCCACUGAUACACGACUUAAUGCUAUGCUUCACAUUGAUUCUGAUGAAGAGGAACAUGAAUUCCAUCAAAGUCUGGGUUUCCAGUCAUCAGUGGACGAUGAUGGUGGUGGUUUAAUUAUGUUAAAUGGUACUAGUAGAAAUGAUGAAGCAGCUUUCUUAAAUGGCUCCUCAGGGGAAGUAACACAAAGCCAAGCCUCUGAAGAAAUUGUGACAGCACCAGAUGUAGAAAUACCUUUGCAAUCUUCCUGUUGUCAGGAGGAGACAUCCAAUGGGCCUGCUGAACUGGAGAUAGCAGGACAAGAAACUGAAACUCCUCAGAAUUCUCAGGAUAAUUGUUUGGAAGAUUUAGCAAGCAAUACCAUUUCUGUACCUCAGGAGGCAGCAGAACAACCCAUCUCUGGUGCGGAUACUGGAACUUCUGAGUUAGUUUCUGGGAGCAAAAGGGAAAUCAGGGAAGCCGAAUCUAUUGAUCAAGGAUCAGAACCUUCUCAGAUUUCCUCAGAGACCGAGCAAAGUGAUGCUGCUCAUACUGAGAGUGUUAGUGAAUCAAGCACCAGGCCAGAGGGAGAAAGUGACAUAGAAGGGGCUGAUGGCUCUUGCAAUGAAGGCACAGCUACCCAACUCUCCUCCGUUGACACUGGCUGCUCUUCCUUUGAAAGCAAUCGCUUUCCUGAGACUCCAGCCUUCUCUUCGCAGGAGGAAGAAGAGGGUGCUUGUGCAGCAGAGGCUUCCAGCAGUGAGCCUCUUCCAGAAAUUCAGGAAGCUGUGUGCACUCAGGCCUCUUUACCUGCGGUGCACAUACCAAGCAAUCAAGAGGAAGGUCAAUUGUUUGAAAUGGAUGGGCUGCCAGACGGUGAUGAAUCAGAAGAGAUAUGGCAGAGGAGACAGAACCUGCAGGCUGCAGCUACACAUAACCAGUCUCAAGAGGAAGAUAUUAGAGGGGCAUCAGCACCAUGUGAAGGAGCUGCUUCACAGGAGGCUGGAGCUAGUGGAGGUUCUCAGCCUGAUGGUCCUCAGCCUCUGAGAUCUCUUCCCUCAGUUCGUCAGGAUGUUAGUCGUUAUCAGAGAGUGGAUGAAGCAUUGCCACCAAAUUGGGAAGCUCGGAUUGACAGCCAUGGGAGAAUAUUCUAUGUGGACCAUGUUAACAGAACCACAACAUGGCAGAGGCCCACAGGUCCACCAGCCCAGCAAAUCCUUCAACGUUCCAACUCUAUACAGCAGAUGGAGCAAUUGAAUCGUCGAAAUCUAGGUGAAAUUCUGAAUGAUUACCGAAGGGACGGUGCGCUGCCUCAUUCUACCUCCAGAUCCAGGCUUACUCUGCUGCUCCAAUCACCCCCAGUAAAAUUCCUCAUCAGCCCAGAAUUCUUCACUGUGCUGCAUUCAAACCCUAGUGCCUACAGAACGUUUACAAAUAACACAUGUCUAAAGCACAUGAUCACCAAAGUUCGACGAGAUACCCAUCAUUUUGAGCGCUACCAGCAUAAUCGCGAUUUAGUUGGCUUUUUGAACAUGUUUGCCAACAAACAGCUAGAAUUGCCACGGGGUUGGGAAAUGAAGCACGAUCAUCAGGGCAAGGCUUUUUUUGUUGACCACAAUUCACGUACCACCACGUUCAUUGACCCACGGCUUCCUUUGCAGAGCAGCAGACCAACUAGCGCUUUGGUUCACCGGCAGCAUUUAACAAGGCAGCGCAGUCACAGUGCUGGUGAGGUGGGAGAAGACUCACGCCAUUCAGGACCUCCAGUUUUGCCAAGGCCAUCAAGUACAUUCAAUGCGGUCAGCAGGGCUCAGUACCAGGACAUGGUGCCAGUGGCUUACAAUGACAAGAUUGUUGCUUUUCUGCGGCAACCCAAUAUCUUUGAAAUUCUCCAAGAGCGACAGCCAGAUCUCACAAGAAAUCAUUCACUCAGGGAGAAGAUCCAGUUUAUUCGGACUGAAGGAACACCAGGGCUGGUGCGGUUAUCCAGCGAUGCAGAUCUUGUUAUGUUAUUAAGUUUAUUUGAAGAGGAAAUUAUGUCAUAUGUACCACCACAUGCCUUACUUCAUCCCAGUUAUUGUCAGUCACCACGUGGGUCCCCUGUGUCCUCUCCUCAGAACUCUCCAGGUACCCAGCGUGCUAAUGCCCGUGCUCCAGCUCCUUAUAAAAGAGACUUUGAAGCCAAGCUGAGAAAUUUCUACAGGAAGUUGGAGACUAAAGGAUAUGGACAAGGCCCAGGGAAAUUGAAAUUAAUUAUCCGAAGAGACCACUUGCUGGAAGAUGCCUUCAAUCAAAUUAUGGGUUAUUCAAGAAAGGACCUACAAAGGAAUAAAUUGUAUGUCACAUUUGUUGGAGAGGAAGGACUGGACUACAGUGGACCUUCAAGGGAGUUUUUUUUCCUGGUAUCAAGAGAACUCUUCAACCCAUACUAUGGUUUAUUUGAAUAUUCAGCCAACGACACAUACACUGUACAAAUUAGUCCAAUGUCUGCUUUUGUCGACAAUCACCAUGAAUGGUUCAGAUUUAGUGGUCGAAUCCUUGGUCUUGCUCUGAUUCAUCAAUAUUUGUUAGAUGCCUUCUUUACCCGACCAUUUUAUAAAGCCCUUCUCAGAAUAUUGUGUGACCUAAGUGAUCUGGAAUAUCUUGAUGAAGAAUUUCACCAAAGUCUACAAUGGAUGAAAGACAAUGAUAUACAUGAUAUCCUAGAUCUCACAUUCACUGUAAAUGAAGAAGUCUUUGGACAGAUUACUGAAAGGGAAUUAAAACCUGGAGGUGCCAACAUCCCUGUCACAGAAAAGAACAAGAAGGAGUAUAUAGAAAGAAUGGUGAAAUGGAGAAUUGAGAGAGGUGUGGUGCAGCAGACAGAAAGUUUAGUACGUGGUUUUUAUGAGGUGGUUGAUGCUAGACUGGUGUCUGUAUUUGAUGCAAGAGAACUAGAAUUGGUUAUUGCUGGCACUGCAGAAAUUGACUUAAGUGACUGGAGAAAUAACACUGAAUAUAGAGGAGGAUACCAUGAUAAUCAUAUUGUAAUUCGAUGGUUUUGGGCUGCUGUGGAAAGAUUCAACAAUGAGCAGCGAUUACGGCUUUUACAAUUUGUUACAGGUACAUCCAGUAUACCUUAUGAAGGUUUUGCUUCUUUGAGAGGAAGCAAUGGACCAAGAAGAUUCUGUGUAGAAAAAUGGGGCAAAAUCACUGCUCUGCCCAGAGCUCACACUUGUUUCAAUCGUCUUGACCUUCCUCCUUACCCAUCGUUCUCCAUGCUCUACGAGAAGCUGUUGACAGCUGUCGAAGAGACGAGCACAUUUGGUCUUGAAUAAGACACGAAUUGUCUAACCCAGUAUCUGGGACUUUUGUGGAUCACUCCCCCAAAAUACAUAAAUG